CUGGAUUAUGAUCGAAAAAAGAGCUAAAUAUCGACCGAGCCCGAAAGUAUUUGAGUGCAUCCAUUGAACCACAAUUGGCCAGCAAAAAGAAAGAAAGAAAGACAUUGUGUUUAUUCUACAUACACACAUACAGCAGCUGUUGUCAUUAGUUAUCCAUCCAUUGUCUUGCCGAGCGGUCCAUUGGAAAUCGAUCGAUUCGUUCGAUUUCAAGUGGCUAUAGCCCCUUCCUAUAGGAUUAAAUUGUGUUAUAUCAGAAUUAAAUCGGCCAUCUACAUACAUAAUGAGCUUGAACGAAGAAUCGACAACAGCAAUAAUUAGCAGUAAUACACCGAACGAAUCAGAAUCAUCAAUACCAUUGGUGUCUAAUUGUAAAUCAAACACAUUUCUUUGUGGUGUCGUCGAAGGAUUCUAUGGCCGACCAUGGACACUGGAACAACGUAAAGAUCUUUUUGUCAAAUUAAGACGAUUCGGUAUGAAUGUCUAUAUGUAUGCACCGAAAGAUGAUCUCAAACAUCGAAAUUUAUGGCGAGAACUAUACACGGUCGAGGAAUCGGAACAAUUGUCUGUGUUAAUAUCGAAUUCUAAGUCAAAUGAUGUCCUCUUUGUUUACGCUAUAUCACCGGGCUUGGACAUUGGUUAUUCAAAUUCAAAAGAUGUUCAGGCAUUGAAACGUAAAUUGGAUCAAGUUAAAGAGCUAGGAUGUGAGGCAUUCGCUUUAUUAUUCGACGAUAUUGAACCUGAAUUGAAUGAAAACGACCGUGAAGCAUUUAAAUCGUUUGCAAGUGCACAGGUUUCGGUUACCAAUGAGGUUUACCAACAUUUAGAUCAACCGGUAUUCCUGUUUUGUCCGACCGAAUAUUGUUCAUCUCGAGCCGUACCGAAUGUCCAACAUUCUGAUUAUCUGGCUACGAUCGGAACCAAACUGAACACUAACAUCGGUAUCAUGUGGACCGGUAAUCGUGUUAUAUCUCAAAGUAUUGGUUUAUCGCAGAUACAAGAACUAACCGAUGUUCUUCGUCGAAAGCCUAUCAUCUGGGACAAUCUUCACGCUAAUGAUUAUGAUCAGAAACGUUUGUUUUUGGGUCCAUACAGUGAUCGUUCAACGCAACUGAUACCACAUCUAAGUGGAGUGUUCACUAAUCCUAACUGUGAAUACGAAGCUAAUUUCAUUCCAAUCCAUACGUUGGGCCAAUGGAGCAAAUGUACUAAAGAUGCUAGCGAAUGUCAAUCCAACUCCGAUAUCAAACUCGAAUCUGAAUCGGAAAAUGGAUCAAUUGAAGAUGUACCGGUCGAAAUGGACGCAUGUGUAUAUCAUCAUCGAAAUGCAUUGCGUAUAGCCAUCCAAGAAUGGAUUGCUGAAUUCUACAAAGUUAAAAACCCACAAAUAAAACCAAAUUUAGUGUUAGGGACAAACUUUGCUGGCAAUCCACCGCCUAACAUUACAAUUAACUAUGAUUCACUUAUAACAACGACCGCUAAAUUGUCGCCAUCUUCUACCAAGAAUGAGAUAUCGACCGAAAAUAGUCUGAUGCUUGAUGCUGACAUUGCCGUUCCGAUCGUAAAUGGCAUAAAUGGCAAUUCGGUUUCCAACCAUAACAAAGACCAUGAAAACAAAGAGAAUGCUGUUCAAAGCUUGGAACCGAUGGACUGUAAUCCGUCUCCAGAUUCUCUCAAGAUCAAUUCGUUAGACGUACCUAUGAUGGAAAAUUCAACAAAAGAGACUGAUGGCAAUUCAGCCAAAAACAGUAUGAACAGUGUAGAUUCGGAUGAAAUGCAAACGGAAGUUAUAUUCGAAAAUGAUGAUUCUUUGGCAACUAACGAAACGAAAUCCACAAUGCUCACCUAUGAAGACAUUGCCCUGUUGGUCGAUUUAUUCUAUUUACCGUUCGAACAUGGAGCUCAAGGCGUUCAAAUUCUACAUGAGUUCCAUUGGUUGAAGACCAACGGAUUCAUCGUAUCAGAAUAUCGUCGUAAACGACAGAUGACGGCCAAUGAACAAACAUCGAUUGUUGGUGUAGAAAUUAACGAAUGGUAUGACCGCGCAGCCAAAUUCAACGAUAUGACCAUUCUGAUUGGCCGUCUGUUGACACGUUUAACAUUCUGUAAAAAUCGUUCUCUGCUAUAUGAGCUCUAUCCUUAUGUUUGGGAUAUCAAAGGAGUGAUUUCAUUGCUCAAUUCAUAUGUCAAAUGGAUCGCACUCGGCCGAGUUCCGGUGACAAACUUUUUCCAACCACUUGGGUUGUUUCCCGCAACUUUCACAUGGUUUUCCAAAGGAUAUAAAGAAGCAUUUCAAAGCGGUGAACAAGAACCGUGGUUAUUUCGUGGUGGUCUUACUGGUGAACUACAGCGAAUGUUACCUGUAGAAUCGGUGAGCGAUUUAUUCCUGUACAAGGCGCCUGAUUCACCCACUAGCCGUAUAUACACAAUCCGUCCCUAUCUGCCAAGUGAUGUGCAAUCGGUGUACGAAGUGUGUUUUAAAAAUUACGAUCGCCACAUCUAUCUAGAAGAUCAGGAUGAAUUGGUUGGGGAUAAAUUAAUCGGUGGUUUUCUUACACUCAGUCCUGAAUAUUGUUUCGUUGUCGAAGAUGAUGUCCGUCUAUGUGGCUAUGCUUUGGCCGUGUUGGAUGCUAAAAAAUUCUUCGCCAAACUACAAGUCUCAUGGAUACCUGAAUUGUUGAAAAAGUAUCCAUUGACAUCAAACGACUCAUUGGUGGUGGCCGAACGUCGAUCGCUAAAGGAAAAAUAUGUGGGCCAAUUUGUGGACGAAAUGCAUAACCAAUGCAAGCAACAACAAUUUUCCGAUCCUGAAGAAAUAUUCACAAAUUAUUCAUCAUUACUAUCAUUGGCUGUCAUGGCCAAUAUCAUCGAUCUAAGCGUACCAAAACGGAUGCUCACCUGUGUGAUUGCUGCACUCAAAGCAAAUGGGUCGAAAGGCUUGUAUUGUCGAUUAGCAGCAAACGAUAAGAAAACCAUCGACUUUUAUCUGAAGCUAGGAUUUCAUACAAUCAGUCUGACCAACUCGAUCGCUACCAAUGAUGAUAUCUAUGUGGGACGAAUCAUCUAGCCCAUCAUCAUUCAUUCAGUUCCUUCACCCCAUAUAUGAGCCAUACACAGAUGUACAAACGUUUUUUGGUGAUAUAAAUCUCUAAUAUUUUGGGUGAUAUCCUCUCGCAUGCCCCCUUUCCCCAUUCUCCAUUACUAUUUCUAUAUUUCUAUUCUAUAAUUAAUACAUAGACACACUGACGAAAACCGAAAUUGAAUGACCGAUAAAUAUUAAUAAUUGAUAUUUCAAUAAAUAUAUAAUAAUAAAUAUA